AUGGACGUCGAAGCACUUCUUGAACAGCUCACGCUGGAGGAGAAGAUCUCACUCACGGCUGGCGUUGGCUGGUGGCACACGGCAACAGUCGAGCGCUUGGGAAUCAAGCCAAUCCGUCUCUCUGACGGCCCCAACGGCGUUCGCGGUACACAUUUCUUCGACAGCACCCCUUCCGCGUGCCUUCCGUGCGGAACUGCCAUCGGCGCAACAUUCGAUGUCGAGCUGGUCCAAAGGCUCGGCCGACUGCUGUCAGAUGAAGCCCACGCAAAGGGCGCCCACGUCCUGCUUGGCCCUACAAUCAACACCCAGCGUGGGCCCCUGGGCGGACGUGGUUUCGAGUCCUACUCCGAGGAUCCGGUACUAUCUGGCAUCCUCGCCGGCAACUACGUUAAUGGAGUCCAAGAGUCAGGCGUUUCAGCCACGCUGAAGCACUUUGUGUGCAACGAUCUCGAAAGCGAGCGUAUGGCCGUCAACGCCAUUGUGACCGACCGUGCCAUGCGCGAGAUCUACCUGCUUCCCUUCAUGAUCGCCAUUGAGAUGGGCAAGCCCCGCGCGAUCAUGACCGCCUACAACCAGGUCAACGGUGUCCAUGCGGCGGAGAACAAGAAGAUUUUGCAGGACAUCCUGCGCGACGAGUGGAAAUGGGACGGACUGGUCAUGAGCGACUGGUUCGGAACCUACAGCACAUCUGAGGCCAUCAAGGCAGGCCUCGACCUCGAGAUGCCGGGCCCUAGCAGAUGGCGCGCCGGAGCUCUCUCCCACGCCAUCAUGUCUAACAAGGUUAAGCGAUCAGAGCUCGACUCGGCGGUGCGAAACGUCCUGAAGCUGGUCAAGCAGGGCCUCGAGAACACCUCCAUCCCACCCAACGCCCCGGAAACCGAGGCGAACACACCAGAGCACAUUGCGCUCCUACGCGAAGCAGCCGCCAAGUCCUUGGUACUCCUGAAGAAUGAGAGAAGCAUCCUUCCUUUUGACAAGAACAAGAAGAUCGCCGUCAUCGGGCCCAACGCGAACAUCGCGACCUACUGCGGCGGUGGUAGCGCCGGACUCAGAGCCUAUAACACCGUCACUCCUCUGGAGGGCGUCAAGUCCCUCGCAAGCGACGUCGUUUUCUCACAAGGUGCCUACGGUCAUCAGUCUCUGCCUCUCCUUGGCAAGGCUCUCAGAACACCAAACGGAAAACAAAGGGGUUUCGUGCUCCGCAUCUACAACGACCCCCCACCCAAGGACACCGCCAGCUCAGCCGACAGUCGGACACCCCUUGAGGAGCGCGUCCUCGACGAUGCCAACAUCUGGUUCGUCGACUACGAGAACGCCGACCUCAACCCCAUCUGGUGGGCCGAGACUGAGGGCACCCUCGUCCCCGGGCGAUCAGGAGAGUGGGACUUUGGCCUGUCAGUUCAUGGCACCGGUGAACUCUUCAUCGACGGUAAACUGGUUGUCUCCAACGUGGAGAACCAGCGCCUGGGCAGCAGUUUUCUCGGCUGCGGAACGGUCGAGGAGACGGGCACCAUGCACCUGGAUGCUGGACGAAGCUACCGCGUCUUGGUGCGCUUCGGCUGCUCGGCCACCAGCAAGGUCAAGGCCUCCGGCACCGUUGACUUUGGCCAGGGCGGCGUCCGCUUCAGCGGCUGCCCUAAGCUCGAGCCUGCUACCGCGAUCCAAGAGGCCGUGGAGGUCGCCAAGAGUGUCGACCAGGUAGUUGUGUGCACCGGUCUGAGCGGCGAGUGGGAGUCUGAAGGAUUCGAUCGGACGACGAUGGCUCUGCCUCCUGGCACCGACGAGCUUGUUGCUGCUGUGCUGGCGGCGAACCCUAACACGGCUGUUGUUGUUCAGAGCGGUACGCCGGUCUCCAUGCCUUGGAUCGACCAGGCCGGUGCCGUCCUGCAUGCUUGGUUUGGUGGCAACGAGUCUGGUAACGGCAUUGCGGAUGUACUCUUUGGAGAGGUCAACCCGGCCGGAAAGCUUCCCCUUACAAUGCCGCGCCGAGUACAAGACAACCCCGCAGCACUAAGCUUCCGCUCAGAUAAUGGCCGUUGCUUGUAUAGUGAAGAUGUUUACGUCGGCUACCGCUGGUAUGACACGCUCGACAUUGAGCCCCUGUUCCCCUUCGGACAUGGCCUUUCCUACACGACAUUCGAGGUUUCCGAUCUCGAGGUGUCUGAUGCGUCGGCCCAGACGAAUGGCCACGCCAAUGGCAACAACACAAUCACGGUUCAAGAGGCGGAUAGCCUCACCGUCCGCGUCAAGAUUGCCAACACUGGCUCUCGUGCCGGCUCUGAGGUCGUUCAGGUCUACGUCACACCGGCGGCGCGCACGCCAUUGACCAGCACAACUCGCGAUACCAUAACCCGUCCCAAGAAGGAGAUGAAGGGCUUCGCAAAGGUCACGCUGGAAGCUGGAGCCAGCGCCACGGCAGAGAUCUCUUUGGAUGUUCUGCGUGCGACGAGCUACUGGAGCGAGAUGGAAGACUGUUGGCGUAGCGAUGCCGGCUCUUACGGCAUUCUCGUGGGAACCAGCAGCCGUGGAGAGUUCCUCGAGAAGACAGUCAAGGUGGAGAAGUCGAGGACAUGGAAGGGAUUGCGGGCGUAG